AUGUCGAGCGCGCGCGUCGUCGUCGCGGCGCGACGCGGCGUCGCGUCGCGCCGCGGCGCGCGGACGACGACGCGCGGGGCGACGCCGAACGACGCGCGGUCGGACGAGCUCGUGCGCGCGUCGGCGCGCGCGGCGGCGGACGCGAAGGCGGCGGUGACGCGGCGAAACGUCAGGGCGACGGUCGAGGCGCGGAAGCGCGCGGACGAGGACCGCGAGGCGGCGGCGCGCGAAGAAGCGGCGGCGGAGAAGCGGGCGCGCGCGGAGGCGCGCGCGGCGGCGAUCGGGGGACGACGGCCGUUUCAUCGAAAGGCGGGACCGAUCGCGGCGGCGGGCGCGGCGUGCUUGGCGGCGACGGCGGGGUGCUUCGAGGCGACGGUGCACGCGGGGGAUUGGAUAAACGCGCUGGCGGUGCCGGGAGACGCGCUGGUGGGGGCGAGCGGGGCGCCGGCGAAGAGCGGGCUGUUGACGCUGACGAUCGGGGUGGGAUUGACGGUGACGUCGACGCUCGCGUUUUCGACGGCGAUUUUGUUCGCGUUGGCGUUUCAGGAGGGGAAGGGCGUGAUAAAGAACGAACCGAUCGUUUAUUACCGAUGCGACGGCGCCGAUCCGACGUGUUGCGUGAACGGGCCGCACAACAAGGGGUAUCACGAGCGGUUCGUGUACAUGAAUCACGGGCGCGGGUUCGAGACGCGACGGGCGGGGUGCAUGCAAAGACAUCUUCGCGUGUCGCGCGGGUGCUCGGCGCUCAAACCGUUGAUCGUGUACCCGAAAGACGAGGACUGGGGAUUCUGGUAAAUCUACCGUCGCCACUAGAUUUUAGCGUAAUUUGUACAAACAACAGCGUCGGCGGG